AUGGAGCUUGGAGGGGCACUGAGCAUCUUCCUGGGCAUCUGCGUCUCCUGCUUGCUCCUCAUCUCAACAUGGAAGAGGAUGUACAAGGAAGGCAAGUUGCCCCCUGGGCCAACACCCUUGCCUUUCAUUGGCAACUUGCUGCAAAUCAAAACCAGCGAGCCCUUUAAGUCCUUCUUGGCGCUGCAGCAAAAAUAUGGUCCCGUGUUCACAGUGUAUCUUGGGCCACGGAGAGUUGUGGUCCUGUGCGGACAUGAGGCAGUGAAGGAAGCUCUGGUGGACCAAGCUGAGGAGUUCAGUGGGCGGGGGGAGAUGGCUUCUAUUGACCGGAACUUCAAUGGCUUUGGAGUUGCUUUGGCCAACGGGGAACGGUGGAAGCAGCUGCGUCGCUUCUCCCUCACCACACUGAGGAAUUUUGGGAUGGGGAAACGGUCCAUUGAGGAGCGGAUCCAGGAGGAGGCCCAGUACUUGCUGGAGGAGUUUAGGAAAACUAAAGGACUGCCCUUUGAUCCCACCUUCUUCCUAAGCCGCACAGUCUCCAAUGUCAUCAGCUCCGUUGUCUUUGGCAGUCGCUUUGAAUAUGACGACAAGGUUUUUCUCUCCUUGUUGCGCAUGAUCAACGAGAGCUUCAUUGAGAUGAGCACCCCUUGGGCACAGCUCUACGACAUGUAUUCCUGCGUCAUGCGAUACUUGCCCGGGAGACACAACCGCAUCUACUACCUCAUCGAGGAGCUCAAGGAUUUCAUUGCAGAGAGAAUCAAAACGAACCAAGCGACACUCGAUCCCAACAACCCGCGGGAUUUCAUUGACUGCUUCCUUAUCCAGAUGGAGAAGGUACCAGAAUGGGGUGCACAUGCACAAACAUAUGCUAAUUUCUUUGUUCCUUCAAAGGAAAAAGGGAACCCUUCCAGUGAAUUCAACCUGAAGAAUUUGGUCCUCACCACCCUUAACCUGUUCUUUGCUGGGACAGAGACAGUCAGCUCCACCCUGAGAUAUGGAUUCCUCUUCUUGAUGAAACACCCAGAAGUGGAAGAGAAGGUCCACCAGGAAAUUGACCACAUCAUUGGCCUCAACCGCAUCCCUGCCAGCGAGGACAGGAUGAACAUGCCCUACACAGACGCCGUCAUCCAUGAGAUCCAGAGGCUGACAGACAUAGUCCCCAUGGGAGUGCCACACACUGUGAUGCGAGACACUCAAUUCCGGGGGUACCACCUCCCCAAGGGCACCAAUGUCUUCCCCUUAUUAGGCUCAGUCUUAGGUGAUCCCAAAUAUUUCAGCAACCCCCAGAAGUUCAACCCUGGGCAUUUCCUGGAUGAGAAAGGACGCUUUAAGAAGAACGAUGCUUUUGUGCCAUUUUCUUCGGGGAAGCGUGUCUGCCUGGGGGAAGCCAUGGCCCGCAUGGAGCUCUUCCUCUACUUCACCACCAUCUUGCAAAGCUUCUCUCUGAAAUCCCUUGUGGCUGCAAAGGACAUUGACCUCUCCCCCAAACUGAGUGGCUUUGGGAAUAUCCCCCCAACAUACGAGGUGUGCUUAGUGCCUCGCUGA